UCCGGAGAGCAACGCCGCGCUUGUAUUGGCUCUGGAGCACUAGGGACGCAGUCGCUCGCCCCUCUCACUCUCUUUACAGGCUGAGAGGAAACACACACUGAGAAGGCUGAGCUGAAGCAGCACAGCUCAAAUCUAACCGGGAAAAACUCACUCAGCAGUAGUGGAGCGCGAGUAAAAGCGCUGCGUAAAAGACGCACGCAUCCAGUUACUCGAGACCGGCGUGACUGAAGAGAGGGACUCUGAACCCGGGACGUGUUUUUCUCACCACAACUGAUCUUUUUUCUUUUAACACUUCAUGAGCAAAAGAGAACAUAUUUAUACAACUUUUUCUACGAUUCAACGAAUUCAGUCCCCUCUUCGGCUUGUUUUUUUUCCUCUCCAUGGAUUUUGCGUUCUGAGCGCUCGGCCGCGCCGGACUUUGCCCCCGGGGAUCUCGGCUCCUUCCCCCGGUCACCAGGAGCGCCCGGCAGCUGUCGUUCAGGGUUCUGGGGCUGCGUUUGAUGGAUUUAUAACCUCGAUGUCGAUUUCAGUCGGAUAAAAAAAAAGCUGAAACCUUCUCAAAGACAGUUUUUUUGGAGGGGAAGGACAGAACAGAUUCCAAAUGAGGAUUUCAAUAUUCCCUCGUUUGGAGCGGGAGAAGGAGUGAUUUGCUGCCGGUCAUCUUCUUAAAGACAGACUGGGAGGAAAGGAUCCAGAUUUGGGAGAGUUUCUGGGUUCCUGAAUUUGCCAAUGCCAGGGACGGGAGUCUGAGGUCCCACUCCAGGCUCCCAACCUCUAAAUUUGCUGUUCAAUCAUAAAACACACACACAAGACGUAUCUAGAAGAUGGCCAGGAUCUGUGUAUUCUGUGUUUUCCUGAUCUGUUUGGUGGACCGGGUGAGAACUAGAGAUCUUCGAGCGUCCAGGCCUCUGACCGUGCCAGGUUACCCAGAAAACACCACGGGGGUGGUAGGUGGUCAGGUGCAGCUGACGUGUAAAGUCCACAGGCCAGCAUUUACCAAGGUGCAGUGGCUGAAGAGAGACAUCAGUGUCCCGGGAUGGAGCCAGGGUGGAACGCCUCGCAUCAAGGCCCUGACGCCACUGGAGAGCAGUGGGUCCAAAGUGAAAGUUCUCCAUUUGUCCAACGUUACUAUGGAGGAUGCAGGAGAAUACAUCUGCAUGGCUGAGAGCAUCCACGCAGGACAGACGGUUCAGACCAUGCAGUCAGCGUGGCUGGACGUCCUCCCUGGUACCAUUAUUUCCAAAACGGUGGAGUUAACUGCUGCCGAAAUCCCCCCAGAGGUUUUUGAGGACCUGAGUGAAGACACCACGGAGCACCUCCUGUUGGAGCCCGGGAACGUCCUGAAGCUGCGGUGCGACAUGAACACGCGGCUCAGCGUGGCGGUGAACUGGUACAAGGACGGCGUCAGACUUCUGCCCACACCCCGCAUCCAAACGCGCAGCGUCUUUAUGGAGAUCACGGGCGUGACGUACGAAGAUUCAGGCGUUUAUGUUUGCGUGGUCCGAGGGAGCAAAGAUCCUGUGAGGAACUUCACCAUCACUGUGGCAGAUACAUUAGGGUCUGGGGAUGAUGACGAAGACAAUGGCUUGGAGGACUCGUCAGCUGAGAUUGAAAAUGAUCACGUUUACUUCUCCAGAGGUCCUUACUGGACGCACACGCAGCGGAUGGAGAAGAAGCUUUAUGCCGUCCCUGCAGGCAACACGGUGAAGUUCCGCUGCCCCGCGACGGGCAGCCCGAUGCCGAGCAUCCGCUGGCUCAAAAACGGACGCGAAUUUCGAGGGGAGCACCGUAUUGGUGGAAUCAAGCUAAGACACCAGCACUGGAGUCUGGUGAUGGAGAGUGUCGUGCCCUCAGACAGAGGAAACUACACCUGUGUGGUGGAGAAUAAAUACGGCUCUAUCACUCACAGCUACGUUCUCGACGUACUGGAGCGCUCCCCCCACAGACCCAUCCUGCAGGCCGGUCUGCCGGCCAACACCACCGCAGUGGUGGGAAGCGACGUCCAGUUCCAGUGCAAGGUCUACAGCGACGCCCAGCCUCACGUCCAGUGGCUCAAGCACAUCGAGAACAACGGCAGCCGCUACGGUCCCAACGGGUUUCCGUACGUCAAGGUCCUCAAGACCGGGAGCCUGAACAUGUCGGACGUGGAGGUUCUCUACCUGUCCAACGUCACCAUGGAGGAUGCAGGAGAGUACACUUGUCUGGCGGGAAAUUCCAUCGGCUUUGCCCAUCAGUCUGCCUGGCUCACUGUGCUUUCAGAGGAAGAAGCAGCUGAAGUUGUGGACGCCAUGGAAACCAAGUACACCGACAUCAUCAUUUAUGCCUGUGGAUUCCUGGCGUUGGUCAUGGCCAUCAUCAUCGUGGUGCUGUGCCGCAUGCAGGUCCACCCCAGGAGAGAGCCGUUCGACGCACUCCCGGUUCAGAAGCUUUCUAAAUUCCCUCUCCGCAGACAGUACUCCGUGGAGUCCAACUCCUCAGGGAAGUCCAGCGCCUCUCUGAUGAGGGUGGCUCGCCUCUCGUCCAGCUGCUCUCCCAUGCUGGCCGGAGUAGUGGAGUUUGAGUUACCUUACGACCCAGACUGGGAGUUCCCAAGAGAGAAUCUAACACUGGGCAAACCUUUAGGAGAAGGCUGCUUCGGUCAGGUGGUUAGAGCGGACGCCUACGGCAUCAACAAGGACUCUUCAGAGCAGGCCACCACUGUCGCUGUAAAAAUGCUCAAAGAUGAUGCUACGGACAAAGAUCUGGCAGACCUCAUCUCUGAGAUGGAGCUAAUGAAGGUGAUGGACAAACACAAAAACAUCAUCAACUUGCUGGGAGUCUGCACGCAGGACGGUCCUCUCUACGUGCUGGUGGAGUACGCUUCCAAGGGCAGUCUGAGGGAGUACCUGCGGGCCAGGAGACCUCCGGGCAUGGAUUACACCUUUGAUGUGACCAAGGUGCCUGAGGAGCAGCUCACCUUCAAAGACCUCCUGUCCUGUGCCUACCAGGUGGCCCGAGGGAUGGAAUACCUGGCCUCUAAAAGGUGCAUCCACAGGGAUCUGGCAGCCAGGAACGUUCUGGUGACGGAGGACAAUGUGAUGAAGAUUGCAGACUUUGGCCUGGCCAGAGGUGUCCACCAGAUUGACUACUACAAGAAAACCACCAACGGACGGCUGCCGGUGAAGUGGAUGGCACCAGAAGCUUUGUUUGACAGAGUCUACACACACCAGAGCGACGUGUGGUCGUUUGGUGUCUUGAUGUGGGAGAUUUUCACGUUGGGGGGUUCGCCGUACCCUGGUAUCCCCGUUGAAGAGCUCUUCAAGCUGCUGAAGGAGGGACACCGCAUGGAUAAACCCUCCAACUGCACACAUGAACUUUACAUGAUGAUGCGUGAAUGCUGGCACGCAAUCCCCACCCAGAGACCAACGUUCAAGCAGCUGGUGGAGGAGCUGGACAGGACGCUUCUGUCCAUUUCUGAUGAGUACUUGGACUUAUCGACGCCUUUUGAGCAGUACUCCCCUUCAUGUGAAGACACGUCCAGCUCUUGCACUUCUGACGACGACUCCGUUUUUACCCACGAUGCCUUGUCCACUGACCCCUGCCUCCUGGGCUACCAGGACGUGCACUCUCGGAUAGACAUGAAGACGGUUCUCCGAUAGAAACCCUACACGUGCACACACACACACAACACUGAGGCAGUUAAAACGCUGCGCUGGACUUAUUGAGUACGACGCCUCCUUCGCUGGGCGUCAAUUUGAAGAUUUUACUCUCAAUGAAUCUCCACUGCAGCACCAGUCAAAGCCCUUAGAUAUAAGUAGGCAUUUAUACACAUGCAUACAUGACAGAUAUGCACAUGGAGCACUGAGGCCAGUGGGCUUCAUUACAGAUGUUUCAAGAGAAACAUUUCAGCAUUGGUCAGAUUGGGCAAAGGAAAAGAGGACAAACCCCUCUGGACUAUCACCUACGGCACCGUGCCUACGGACAGUUGUAACGUUGAAGGAAAAGCGGCACUAAACCCAACAGAAGAGACCCUGGUACUCGAAAUGCUCGGAAGAGUUUUCUCUGAUCAGCUCUUUUUCAGUAAAUGCUGACGGACAAGGAUCUCCUACCACAAACUUGGCCCAAACCAGGGCUCGAAACCUUGGUCCUAAAGACAUUUUACACAAGAUAAACAAAAGAUUUAUUUUGCUAUGUUAAAAGGUAAGAAAUUGAUUGUUGGAUAUAAAUCUCUCUAUAUAAGAUUAUUUUAGUUUUUGUUGCUUAUUUAAAAAGAAAACAGUCUUAAAUCUCAGGAUUUCUCAUGCUAAGAAGUUGCUGCGUCGGCAGCAAAGUGCCUGAACUGAUGAUUUCCUGUGAAUAUAUUAGAUUAUUAAAGUAUUGUAUGUACAUAUCAACAACAUAAAGAAGAUGGUCUUUUAUAAAUUAUUCUGAAUGACACUAAAAUGAAGGUAUUGGAUGCAAAAAGGAGAGGGGAUGUUCAUUUUAAUCUCGAUGUGCCAAACCAGCUGUGGUGGUCAAACUGUCUGCGUGUUCAGGUUUUUCUUUCCAAAAUACAAUUGGUUCA